AAAAUGAAGACAGCCACCAACAUCUACAUCUUCAACCUGGCUCUGGCCGACUCCUUGGUCACCAGCACGCUGCCAUUCCAGAGCGUCAACUACCUGAUGGGGACUUGGCCGUUUGGAGACAUACUGUGCAAGAUGGUGAUGUCCAUCGACUACUACAACAUGUUCACCUCCAUCUUCACGCUCACCACCAUGAGCAUCGACCGCUACGUCGCUGUGUGCCACCCAGUCAAAGCGCUGGACUUCAGGACACCGCGUAACGCCAAGAUUGUCAACGUCUGCAACUGGAUCCUCUCCUCGGCCAUCGGGCUGCCUGUCAUGUUCAUGGCCUCCACCGCUGUAACCGUUAGAGAAAGUAAUAAGUGCAAAAAGUAGCAACCAUUCAUGACUGCGCUUUUUUAGCAGACAAAGUCUCGCAAUACAAGCACAAAACAGGAGUAAAACACAUUCAGUUCAUUCUCUGCGUUCCAGCCUUAAGAGCAAUAUACUCAGGCAGGAUCUAUAAAAGGAGACAAUCCAAGAGAGUUGUUUAGGUUCCUUUGUGUAAUGGCACAAAAGAAACAUGUAAUGCUAUAUGCCUGGCUGGUAACUAAUAUAACCAUCUACAUAGUCAAGAGGCUACCUGCAGUCAGGCUUCUCUGAUGGUGUCUCUGCGUAAUUGCAGAGGAAAUGGAGGGAAAACUGCCACUGAAAAUGCUAAUGUGUGAUCCUGCUCUGUUUUGAAGAGAGAGCAUAAUGAGGGAUUUACUGACUCAGUGAAGUUGUAACUCUGUGUGGUGCUUAAAGAUGUUGUUGCUUUAGUGCCAUAGGGCACAUGACAGUGGUGUUUUUAAUGGCAUUUCUGCCUUUAUGAGAGAUUUUGGCAAAGAGGUGAUGGAAUAUUGGGAUGAAAUUAAAUAAAUGGUCAGACUCCAAGCAGGAAUGUUAUGCUUUAUGGUCAAAGUUUUACAGAUCAGUGUGGAGGAUUCAGGAGGAUAUAUCAGCAGAAAUGGAAUAUAAUA